GCAACUUUACUUAAAGGAAAAUGUGAAUGAUGAUCAUCACCAUCAUCAAUUCUCUCUCUCUACUCCCUCUUUCUCUCUCUAUAUAUCCAAACAAAUACAUACAACUUCCUGUAAGUAUAUAUACACAUUUAAACGUUUAUAAUCCCAAGCUUCCACUUUCCUUCUUUCCCAAAACCUCUACGAUAAGUCGAUAAAGCUAACAUUUUUCUGCCUGAUUCUAGCAUUUGCGUACAUACCAACAUAAAUCUAUCGACAUUCUUAUUGUUUUGACAAAUUUAUUCGUACAAAAGUAAUUUGCUUGGGUUUUACUUGAUUAAGAAACGCCGGCAAAGACUGGCAUGAAGUUCCUGAUCAUUUUGUUGGUAGCGGCCGCAGCUGCCUUAGCGGUGGACGGCGGUGUCGGUGGGUUUCCGGCCAGGGUUCUGAAUUUGGAAAGGGCGUUUCCGGCGAACAAGACGGUUGAGCUUGAAGUCCUCAGAACACGAGACCGCGUGAGACACGCCCGAAUCUUGCAACGUUUCUCCGGCGGCAUUGUCGACUUCAACGUCGUCGGCACCUCCGAUCCUUACUACGGCGGGCUGUAUUUUACUAAAGUGAAAUUGGGUUCUCCACCACAAGAGUUCAAUGUUCAAAUCGACACAGGAAGCGACAUAUUAUGGGUUACGUGCAAUUCAUGUAGCGAUUGUCCUCAAUCAAGUGGAUUCGGUGUUCCGCUGAAUUUCUUUGAUGCUGGAAGCUCAUCAACGGCUUCUACAGUGUCGUGUUCAGACUCAAUUUGCUCUUCUAUAGUUCAAACUUCAGAUGCUUCAUGUUCAGAUAAAACUAAUGAAUGUGGAUAUAGCUUUCAAUAUGGAGAUGGAAGUGGAACAUCGGGUCAUUAUGUAACCGAUUUGUUGUUCUUUGACACAAUUGUGGGCCCCUCCAUAGUUGCUAACUCUUCAGCUUCCAUUACAUUCGGGUGUAGCACCUAUCAAUCAGGUAGCUUGACUAAACCAGAUAAAGCAAUCGAUGGAAUUUUUGGAUUUGGGCAAAAUGGUCUUUCUAUCAUGUCACAAUUAUCUUCAAGAGGAAUUACUCCAAAAGUCUUUUCACAUUGCUUAAAGGGAGAUGGAUUGGGUGGUGGAAAGCUUGUUCUUGGUGAGAUUUUGGCCCCGACCAUGGUUUAUAGUCCCCUUGUCCCAUCACAGCCUCAUUACAAUCUUGAUCUACAAAGUAUUUCAGUCAACGGUCAAAUGUUGACCAUUGACCCAACUGCUUUUGCCACAUCAGAUAACCAUGGAACCAUUGUUGAUACUGGAACAACUUUGACUUACCUUGUUUCAGAAGCAUUUGACCCUUUUGUCAUUUCUAUAACUGCUGCUGUUUCACAAUUAACAACACCUGUCAUCUCAAAGGGCACUCAAUGUUAUUUAGUUACAUCAAGCAUAAAUGGGAUUUUUCCAGAAGUUUCCUUAAACUUUGCUGGUGGUGCUUCCAUGAUUCUUAAACCUGAGAACUACCUUGUACAUGGGGAUCCUGUUGAUGGAGGUACACCAUGGUGCAUUGGCUUUCAGAGAGUUCAGAAUGGUGUGUCGAUUCUUGGAGAUCUUGUUCUUAAAGAUAAGAUCUUUGUGUAUGAUUUAUCAAAGAAACGAAUUGGAUGGACUGAUUAUGAUUGUUCAAGUGAUGUAAAUGUCUCAAUAACUUCAAGUAAAGAUGAAUUUAGAAAUGCAGGAGAGUUGAGUGAGAACACUUCAUCAAGAACCACAAGUGUUCUUCAAGUUCUACUGUUGUUACAUAUACUAUCAAUGACAUUUGGAUCUUUACUCUGGUUAAUUGAGCAUGUGUUAUAA